AUGAGGACCCUAUCUUCAAGGUUUGAUUUCAUUGUGGUGGCAAUUCAGGAAUCAAAAGAUGUUAAGACAUUGAAGAUUGAGGAGCUGCAGAGUUCAUUAGAAGCUCAUGAAUUGAUGGUUUCAGAAAGAAGCAGUGAAAGAUCAAUUCAACAAGCCCUGCAAGUUCAAACUAUCAAGAAGGAUGAUUGUGAUAGGGAGAACUUUAAGAAAGGGAAGAAAAACUCUAAGGGAGGAAACUGGUCUAAAGACAAGAACAAUGGAUCUGACAAAGGUGAAUCUUCAAAGGAAGGAAAUUCUAAUCAAAAGAAGAAAUUUGAUAAGAAGAUUCAGUGUUUCAAAUGUGAGAAAUUUGGACAUUAUGCCUCUGAAUGUUGGUCUGGUAAAGGAAAGCAAUCAAAGAAUGAUGAAGAGGAAGCCAAAAUUGCACAAGAUGAUUCAUAUUCUGAGUCAUUAUUCAUGAUGGUUACAACAACUAGUAAUGAGAGCUGCAAUUCAGAAAGUUGGUUCUUAGAUAUUGGUUGUUCUAAUCAUAUGACUGGAACCAAGACAUGGUUAAGAGAAGUGGAUCUUGGAAGAAACACAAAGGUGGAGCUUGCAGAUCAUAAAGUCUUAAUUGCAGAAGGAAUGAGGAAUAUUGCUAUUGAAGGAAAGAAUGGGAAAAUGGCAAUAAUUGAAGAAGUUCUCUAUGUUCCUGGUAUGCAGUACAAUUUACCGAGUGUUGGUCAAUUCAUUCAGAAAGGAUACUCAGUUACCAUGAAGGACAACACCUUAAGUUGUUUGAUAAACAUCAAAUGUUAG